AUGCGUCCUCGUUCAGUUGCUCUCUUGGCGGCUUGCAUACCUCUCGGACUUUGCAAUGCCAACGACCCGGCACCUCGAUGCGCUGUCGACUGUGCAUCCAACAUCAGAAACGACAAAGGAGCACUCGAUCUCAAGGUCAUUUGCGCAGACAAGCUCAUGACAAAUUCUCUCUUCCAGUGUCUCAUCACUUCAUGUCUUCAUGAUGCCUACAGUCCGGCAGUUGCCCAUGUCAUCCUGGCAUGCUCCGACCUGGGCAUUGCUAUUGGACCACUGUAUCCUGUCGAGGUCCGGCACGCCAACGUGGAGAAGGUUCAGGAUCUGUUCGCCCCGUCGAUGCCCGCUGCCUAUACCACACCGAGCGAUCCAUCCUCACAAGAUUCUGACAAGCUGACCUUGUCCUUUGACAUCUCGGUUGAUUUGAAAUGCAACUCCGGGUCUGACGGCCUUGUCACCGUGUCUCUGCCUCCGCCCGCUCCACCUUCGUCGACUGCUUCUCCUCCUCUUCCGCCGUCUCCAGCCCCCAACCCAGACCCUGGUGAGGGUGAGGGCGAUGGCCAAGGUGACAAUGGCGAUGACGGAAACAACAACGGUGAUGGUGACAAUGGUAGUGGCGACAACGAUGGCGGCGACGGAGACUGUCCCAACGGCAAUGGUGAAAGUGACAAUGGCAGUGGUGACAACGGCAACGGCGACAAUGCCAACGGUGACAAUGACAACGGCAAUAACAGCAAUGGCGGCGACGGAAGUGACGAGGGCGACUGCGAGAACACCAACGGCGACAACGGCGACAACGGCGAUGGCGGUGAUGCUGAUGGCGCCUCAUCUCUUCCAUCCCGGCUGACACUAGCAUCAACUGAUCCGAGUGCCACCUCUUCAUGCCCGCCAAACGCUGCAUCAUCAGGCGCCCAGGAUCCUGGCAAUGGUCCGGCACCCUCACCGUCAACUGAUGGAGGGGAUAACGGUGAUCCUCCAGCGACAUCUGCACCCUCGGCUUCCCCUGGCGGGAGCGAUCCCGCAUCUCCAGCCUCAUCACCAACUCCGGCUUCUCUGUCCUCACCAGCGGCUUCGGCUUCUCCCGCCGCUCCAGCUUCUCCUGCUUCAACGUCCCCAUGCCCAACAGCCUCUCCAGCAACCGGAGGCUUGGAUCCUCAGGAUCCCAACCAGUCUGAUUCUUCCAGUGACUCCGCUGGUGAAGGCGAGGAGCCUCAAGUCCCAGCGACCUCACCAGCCCUCCCCCCCGCACCGGCUUCUUCAACACCGGCUGCUCCAUCCAGCACAUGUUUGACGGCAGACAAUAUGAGUGGGUCUGGCGGUCCGGUCCCAGGUUCCCAAGUUUCCCAAUCCGCGGAACUCACAAGUGCAGCUCAGCCAUCUCCUCAACCUUCACCAGUCCCUGCACCAGGCCCGUCUCCAUCGGACGAUGCAACGGAUCCCUCAAGCGGCGGACCCCCGGAAUACUCUUCCGGCUCCGGCUUCGAGACCAGCCUGCCUGAGCCCAGUGGAGAACAGCCACCACAGGAGAGCCAGGGCUCAGGAGCACAGGCGCCAUCGUACGGGCAAAGCGGCUUGACGUUGCGAUCACUCCCCAGUCGACCAGAUAAUGCAGCCGGAGAGACAGCAGAGGGCAAACCUCCCAGCAAGACACCGGGACCUUCAGAAGUCACACUUUGGCCAACCGCCAAGGUCAAUCGGACCUCACACACGACAAGCGCAGCGGGAAAUCAUGGAUCUUCAACUUCAUCGCGCGAGUCUGAUGGCAAGGAGACGGUGACCACAGCGCACACACCCAGGGCCAAUCUCGUAUUCACCUCUGAUAUACCGAGAGAUGCCUCGCCGGUCACCGAUGCUCAUCAACAUGAGUCCCUGAGCUCUGUCACUGUCAAGGUCGUCCGUUCCGGGGAGACAGUUGCCGGGACUGUGCUCAUGACCGUCUUGGACAAGGCGCCUUCGGCUACAGAAGCGCCCACGACAGCCAUGACGCCCACGACGGCCAUCAGCAACCAGUCGGUAGUUGUCUCUGGGAGCAGCAACACUUCGAUCCAGAGCGGAUUCCCGACGACGAAGUCUAGCAUGUCGGACAGCACUCCUGCUCAGUCUGGUGGAGCGGUGAUGGAGUCAUCGGCCCCCCAUGUCGCGCUGGUCAACAGCGUUCCGAGAGCAACACCUCGCCUGUUCACCAUUGCGCUUCUCAUUAUCCUUGUUGGUGGAAUGUUGUUGAAUUGA